AAACAGUUUUGCCAGAGAAAGUUGAUAAUCCAUCUGAUUCUAAUGACAACAUAGGGGUUAAAACGUAAAAUUAAAAACAAUAGGGAAACAUUAUAGAAUAUAGAUAAACUUCAGGGAUCAAAAUGAAAGAAUACAAGACAGAGAAAUCUACCGUCUCUUCUUCAAACCAAACCCAGAACCUCCGUCCGACCAAUUCCGGUGCAGCUAAGAACCAGAGAUAGAGAGAUAGAGAUGCGGAGGAUCAAUUCACUGUACGGAAGAAUUGGUCUCCUAAAACGAGUACCCGAGAAAUCUACGAAGCAAGCUCAUACAUUUCUCGCAUCUCUCUCCUUCUCUACGGAAGGUGCUUAUGGCGGUGACGGUGAGUUUCAGCAGAACAGCUCCAAAGUCAAGAUCUUUGACCGAGACCUCAAGCGAAUACAUCGUGAUCGAGCGGCGUGGCUUUCUCGCCAAAAAAACGAUUCUUUUGUUGACGCUGUUGCAGAUAAUCUACUUGAUCGCUUAGAGGAUUGUAAGAAGAGUUUUCCCACUGCAUUUUGUUUGGGAGGAUCUCUUGGUGCUGUUAAGAGAUUACUACGUGGUCGCGGUGGGAUUGAGAAGCUUAUCAUGAUGGAUACUUCAUAUGACAUGAUUAAGUCAUGUAGAGAUGCUCAAGACGAUUCACUCGAUAACUCCAUUGAAACCUCUUACUUUGUUGGUGAUGAAGAGUUUCUGCCAGUCAAAGAGAGUUCGGUUGAUUUGAUCAUUAGUUCGUUGGGGCUUCACUGGACAAAUGAUCUUCCUGGAUCCAUGAUACAGUGCAAGCUAGCACUGAAGCCGGAUGGCUUAUUUUUAGCAGCAAUUCUUGGUGGAGAAACCUUAAAGGAGCUGAGAAUAGCAUGCACUUUGGCUCACAUGGAGCGGGAAGGAGGGAUUAGUCCUCGGCUAUCACCUUUGGCACAGGUUAGGGACGCAGGGAAUCUGUUGACCAGGGCGGGUUUUAGUCUUCCUGGUGUUGAUGUUGAUGAAUAUGUAGUUAAAUACAAGAGAGCGAUGGAUCUUAUAGAGCAUCUUCGUGCGAUGGGUGAAACCAAUGCUCUUCUCGAGAGAAACAAGAUUUUGAAUCGUGAAACUGCUGUUGCCACGGCAGCCAUAUAUGACUCCAUGUUUGCCACAGAGGACGGCACUAUACCCGCUACUUUUCAGGUGAUUUACAUGACAGGAUGGAGAGAACAUUCGUCUCACCCGCAGGCCAAACGAAGAGGUUCAGCCACCGUAUCCUUCACGGAUCUCCAAAAGCAAUUUGGCGGACAAUCUUGAUGGAAUGAUUGAAGAAGAGAAACAUUCAAUAAGCAGAGACUUUACAAAUGACACUUGAGAGAGAAAUCAGUGACUUAAGCUAUAAGGUACUUGGAGGAACUCUUGUAGAUUUGUCGGAGUCUUUCACUGGGCGAAAGCAUCACAAUUAGGACGCCUGCUUUCGCCCAUGUAUUUCGUAUCGAAUAAUAGCUGAUCAGAAACAUAUUUGUAUUUUACAAAAAUAUUACGAAUACUUAAAAAUCUCAAUCUUCAAUCACGAAACAUGAUCUCGCGCUAGGUUUCUUGAAUAGAUUUGUAUACAAUGGACCAAACUUCACU